CUUAUCCAGGGACGUUACUCACGAUGCUAGGCAGCUGGGGCCUGGCCUCGUAAACCCCGACGCCACCUCACCCUGCUCAAGCGCUGUGGUGCUGCCUUCUCCUGGGCGUCCGUCGAUCGAUCCCCCUCUACCCAGUCCAGUUGACUAGGUAUAAGCUCUUUCAACUGUAACAAAAAGAAGCUGUGAACAUGGCAUCGCUGAGUGCCGACCUUUUCUAUGACAUACUGAAGCGUCUCGAUGGUGCAGCUCUAGCAAGAGCAGGCUGUGCUUGUGCUGAUUUUCGUGCCAUAUCAAAUGAAGAGGAUUUGUGGGAAAAUGCUUGCAGAUCUUUGUGGCCAUCAACAAGACGAGAUGAUGUUAGGAGCUUAAUUAUUUCUGUUGGUGGAUUCAGGAAGUUUUAUGCGGAUUGUUUCACCCUUAUACUGAACAAAGAUGUUCCUGUUCAGACUAAUGAAACUAAUCCCUUUGCUGAAGAAUGGGCAGAGUCUGACUACUACUACGAUGACAUGGAUGAGAUUGAAAACUCCUUGCCUUCAGACUUUGUAUCGCUAAUCGAUGUAUGGUACAAAGACCGUGCACUCUACUCGAAGAUCAUAUGGGGAAUCCCCAACUCAGAUGGUGCAAAUGGAUGGUUCUAUAACUGCCCAUUCCGGAUAGACUUAUUUCAUCACUCAACUGAAAACAAUGAGAAUAAUGAUGGAGAAGUAUUCCUAUCAACCAUCAAUGACUUACCAUCGGUGCCCUCAAUGGAGCAAGAAAGGAAAGAUGGGAAACUGUGGAGGGAACUGAAUGAUGGCAUAAAGUUAAGCUGGAUCAUUGUCGAUCAAAAGAUGAAGCGGGCAGUGAACCUGACAAGUUGGCACCCGCAAGGUGGGCAGAGGCACUGGCCGACUGAUACUGAUUUUGUUCUACGGUUCGGGUCUGUCCUUCCGGCAAAGGAGGUCCUGCCAUGCCAGGUAGCUGAAUGCAUUCUGCUCAUGAAGUUUCGCAUGACAAGCAUGGGGAGCGAAGAGACAGGGGAACAUUCUACGCUUGCAUUGAUGGAACUGAGUAUGCAGAUCGAAGAUAUGGGCGGUGUUCACCUCAAUGGGCGCUUCAGCCUCCUCGUUCUCAAGGAGGCGCUGAGCUGCCACCGGAGCAGGAACUACGAUGAGGUGCUGGAGUCUUGCAAUUUGUAUUUGAAGGCACAGAGUGAGCUGAAAGAGGAGAAGGUACGCAGCGAAUGCCGGUUCGACACACUCUGUAUAGUCAGUGGCAUUACAAUAUUUGCUGCCGUCUGUACCAUGUGCUAUAGAAAGUUCGAGAACUUUUAACCGCCCCGAUACAGGUCGUCGCAGAGUUGGUCAUUUCUGGGUGCAUUACAAUAUUCUGGACGGUGGGUAUUUCAGAACUGUUGAUAUGCAUGCUUAGCGCUUGUAAGCACGGCCAACUUUUGCUCGUAAUUGAUCCACCUUCAAAUAUUUCCCGGAAAACCCGUCGUAACAAAUUAUUGGUAUAUGCUAUUUACAGCUGUGUUCCAGAUUUAAAGUAAAAUGGAAAAAAAUUAAUGCA